AGGUCAUUUUUGCAAACUUGUCUAUGUCAACAAUCUCAUUCUAAGUGUUUUGGGAGAUGUGCACAGCAUUGAGAAGACGCUGCUUUCAAUCACAAGUAAAGUUGACAGUGCGACCACCGUCGUCUCUAGAGCAAACCUGCAAAGUACAGAAGCUGAGAUAACAAGGGACGAUCUCAUGAUUCGUGAUCUCCUGAUUUGUGAACUCAUGAUGCAUUCGAAGGACAGGCUUGUCCUUCCACGGAUAUUUGAUAAAGAGCAAUGUGGCCCUCCAAAUACUGACCCAGAACACACUUCAAAUGUCUCACCCCUUAUAGACAUUCAGAAAUGUGUCCUUCAAAGCAACCAAGAACAGACUCAUGCUGCGUUGGAGAGAAAGACUAGCCACAAUGAAUUGUUUAAUGAAAGCACAAUUGAUCUUGAGACACGAGGAGAGGACAACAUUCUGUGUGAAAUGCUGAAGAGCUCAAGAAUUGUUGGCCACAGUCCUCUUGGAGAGGAUGCUAGAGAGGUGAAGAACGAACUUUUAACGGUGGAUGAAAGAGACAAGAAGGCAGAGAAGAUUAGCAUUGUGGUUAUGGAUGAACAUAUAAACUGCGCACACAGCUGGAAUACAGUAGGUUUGACAGAUUCAGCAAGAUCAUCCUCCAAAGUCCUGUGCUAUAUAACUGCACCAAUAGAAGUCACAAAGGUCAUCAGAUGUAAGGCAGUGGACAGCCUCAGCUCUCUCAUGGUAUCCGGGUCAGAGGAGCUGGUCAGCAGCGUGCUCAGACUUGAAAACAUCAGCAACAUGAAGUGUCCCUUCCCGAUUACUGUAGCUGUUCCUUUCCAGUCUCUUUACCAUCAGAAUUAUCGUGAGACUGUGGUAAAAGUGGUGGACCAACAGCAGAGGAUCAGUUAUGUCACUCCAGCAGCAACCGAUGGAUUCUAUGGGGGCUGCAAGGGUACAUUUGCAGUGGUGAAGGUGUACACUCUUGGUGUAUUUGCAGUCUUAUCCCGUUUGCAGAGGCAGACAUUCACAAUCCCAAAGAGAGGUCUGUGUCUCAAACUGAGUGUGGACUCCAGGAUAUGCCUUGACUAUCCACCUGGAUCUUUCAGCACACCAGUGGUUGCCCAAGCAAUGGUGCAGCCUGUAGAUGCUAUGCUCUUGUCUUCAUUAAAGUACAGAAAUGAUUCCUGCCACCCCAUUCUCACCACUAGCCCUCUACUUUAUCUGAAUCACCCUUUAACUGUAAGCCCUCUUUGUCCUUUGACCUUAACACUGCCCUGUCCUCUUAAACCUAAAACGAUGACGACAAGAGAGCAGAACUCUCAUAGCACGGCUCUUAUUCCUGACAACACCUCAUCCCAUCAGGUCAGGCUUUUAAGUGCUCCAGUGAAGGCAUCCAAAAAGCUGACUAAAGAGCAGCUUGUUGUCCUGGGCUGGAAAGAUAAACACUGGAAUGUACUGGAUACAGUUACUGUGAGGAAUAUGCAGAAAGACCUUGUUUCCUUUGAGGUCUUGGAGAACUAUGAGCGGCUGAUAGUCCUUCGUCUGCUCUCUUCUGUAAGACCUUCUUGCUUGGUGCUCUUUGCUGAGGAGCUACAGGAGUCAGUAAGGACCUGUACAGUAUCCAUAGUCAUGCAUAAAAGACAGAAGGACCCCGGCAGUGUGGUUCUGGCUGUUCUGCCCAGUAGAGAUCUGAGCUGGGGACUGGCUGAGCUUCAUGCACAGGCUUACUAUGGAUCCCCAGAACAAUCUUCUGAGAUGAUGAUGAGGGAGGGAGAGCAGCUGUUGAUAAAGUUCAGCGGUAACAUAACCAGCACAGGUGAUCAGUGCACAGAGCCUCACACACUCACAUUUCAUAAUCAGAGGAAGAAUUGGCUCUGUCUACAGCUGAAGGAACUGAACCCUUAUGGAAAUUACAACUCACCUUAUUACAAAGGCAUGGCCCUAAUUUUCCAGAUCCCUAAAGAUCAGCUGGUAUGGAGGGAAGACAAAGCAGUUAUAUCAGAAGACUAUUGCUUAGGACAACCGGUCUGUAAGCUGACACUCACCCUUCCAAAGAAUGUGGAAACUUUAUCUCGACCAAUCGGUGCAAAAUUCUUGCAGCAAGAUCAGGCAGAGUCACUCUGUGAUGAACUGCUAGCCUGGCUCUGUAGCGAGCUGUCCGAAGAAGAUGCAGCUAUGCUGGUUGUGUGCCUUCGCCUGCGCCGUUCAUCUGUCCAGUUGGCCAGACUCCGAGCUCCAAACAGCCUCGCACUGCAGAAUUUCCACAUCCUGACCACAUGGAGACAAGCACUGCCUUCCCUCACACCAAAACGUCCUUUGCUUGCCCAAUGUCUGACUCGCAUUGGUAGGCCAGAGCUGGCUGCAGAGCUGCUGAAAAAAGGUCUGGCUGUUGACAUGAGUGAGACGUGAGGUGCAGAAGACCUGUGACAGUCCAUGGCUCUCCAUUAUGUGAGAUUAAGGGGUAGACAUAAAAAAAUAUAUAUAUAAAAGUUGAUUAUGUAUAGAUAUGAGCUGUAGUUUGGCUAGUAAAUGGAGAGUAAAUUAGCAUGAGAUAAAUAGAUACAACAUGUUUGUAAGCAGUAUAUCUGACAAUAAACAAUAAAACUAUUGAUCACAUUUCAAAACAUUUUAACAGACCUACAUCCAUUAUCAAAACAACACCAUAAA